AUGCCGCGACUGGUGACUGGGAACGUCGCAACCGAGAAAGUGAUCGCAGAGGUGAACAAGUACAGCUUUCUGUACACUCGCGACGCAGAGUACAAGAACAUUCUGAAGAAGGCCGAGACGUGGAGAGAUAUUGCCAAGAAACUCAACGAAGACCCUGAGACUGUAAAAGUGAAGUGGAACAACUGUAGGGAUGCAUACUUGAAACACAAAAAGUCUGUCAAAGGUGCUACGGGCCAGAGUGUGACUAUGUACAAAUCAUGGCCUUAUUCUAAAAAUAUGAAGUUUAUGGACCGUAUACUUGAAGCACGAUUGGCAAAAUCAAAUGAUUCUCCUUCAAGUGACAGUGAAAGUCGAUCAGAGGGACGAACAGCACCUAAACCUCUCUCUUCAGCAGGGUCACUGUCAUCUGACACUGAAGUUCCAUUGCAGGACGACUGUGCAGAGAACAUUUUGCUACCAUUCACGUCGUGGCAGAUGAAGCUGCCGUCAAGAAAGAUUUAA